GGGGAGGGGCGGGAGCGUGGGAGGGCCGCCGCCGCCGCCUUUGUCCGCAGCAGCAGCGCCGCCGAGAGCCGGGCGGAGGGUCGGGCUGUCAGCGGGCAUCGCUCCCUCCGGCGCGGGCCGCCUCCCUGGGCGCCAGACCCUCCGGUGCCCCCGCCGCUCUGCCCCUCCGGCCCCGCGGCCUGGCUUCCCCUCCCCGGGCCGGCGAGCAGCGAUGCCGGGCGGCGGGCGCGGGGUCCGGCGGGGGAGCCGAGCUCUGUGACGCAGCCGCCGCCGCCGCCGCCGCCGCCACCCCCCCGGCAGCCCCCUCCCCUCGCCGCCCGCCUGCUCCGGACAACUGAUGCUGGCUUGUAGGAACACAAUCACAAAGAUGACAACUGUUGUGGCCUCCUGAGGGCAGGCUGGCUGGCAAGGGGGAUCCGGCCGGCCCCUUGGGGAGAAGGGCUGCUCUCUAGGGCAUCUGCACCACCCAUCGUCCUGUCCUGCCCUCCUCCGGGGUGAGCCGGGAUGCUUUAGCCGCCAGCCACAACUCCGUCAACGUGCCGAGACCCUCCCGCCCGCCCGCGGCCAUGCCACCCCGGCCUUCCUCGGGGGAGCUAUGGGGGCUGCACCUCAUGCCCCCCCGGAUCAUGGUGGACUGCUGCCUGCCCAACGGGAUGGUGGUCACCCUGGAGUGUCUGCGGGAGGCCACCCUCCGCGGCAUCAAGCAGGACCUCUUCAAGGAGGCCAGGAAGUAUCCACUCUUCCACCUGCUGCAGGAGGAAUCGUCCUACAUCUUCGUGGGGGUGACCCAGGAAGCCGAACGGGAGGAGUUCUUUGACGAGUCCCGGCGUCUUUGUGACCUGCGGCUCUUCCAGCCGAUCCUGAAGGUGGUGGAGCCCGUGGGGAACCGGGAGGAGAAGAUCCUCAACCGGGAGAUCGGCUUUGCCAUUGGGAUGCCCAUCUGCGAAUUUGAGCUGGUGAAGGACCCCGAGGUGCAGGAAUUCCGGCGGAACAUUCUCUCCGUUUGCCGAGAAGCCGUGGAGACCAGGGGGUCGGCGGGACCCCAAAGCCAGGCCUUGUACGUCUACCCCCCCAACGUGGAAUCCAGCCCUGACCUGCCCAAACACCUCUAUAGCAAGUUGGACAAAGGUCGGAUCAUAGUGACCAUUUGGGUUAUUGUGUCCCCAAACAACGACAAACAGAAAUACACCCUCAAGACGCCGCACGACGCGCUCCCUGAGCAGGUGAUCGCCGAGGCCAUCCGGAAAAAGACCCGCAGCAUGCACCUCUCACCCGAACAGCUGCGCCUCUGCGUGCAGGAGUACCAGGGCAAGUACCUGCUCAAGGUUUGCGGCUGCGACGAGUAUUUGCUGGAGAAGUACCCCCUCAGUCAGUACAAGUACAUGAGGAACUGCAUCGCCAUCGGCCGCCUGCCCCACCUGAUGCUGAUGAGCAAGGAGAGCCUCUACAGCCAACUGCCGGCCAACGUCUUCGUGCUGCCCUCGUACGCGCGCCGGUCGGCCACCUCCUCGCACGUGAACGGAGAUGUGCCCACCAAGUCCCUCUGGUCGAUCAACAGCCUUCUGCGCAUCAAGAUCCUGUGCGCCACCUACGUGAACGUCAACAUCAGGGACAUCGAUAAGAUUUAUGUCCGGACGGGAAUUUUCCACGGUGGGGAACCCCUUUGUGAUAACGUCAACACUCAGCGGGUGCCGUGCUCCAACCCCCGGUGGAACGAGUGGCUCUCCUACGAUAUCUACCUGACCGACCUGCCGCGUGCAGCUCGCCUUUGCGUCUCCAUUUGCUCCGUCAAGGGCCGGAAGGGGGCCAAGGAGGAGCACUGCCCCCUGGCCUGGGGCAACGUCAACCUCUUUGAUUACAAGGACACCCUGGUGGCCGGGAAGAUGGCCCUUAACCUGUGGCCGGUCCCCCACGGCCUGGAGGACUUGCUGAAUCCCAUCGGGGUCGGGGGCUCCAACCCCAACAAGGAGACCCCGUGCCUUGAGCUGGAAUUCACCUGGUACAGCCACCCGGUUAAAUUUGCCGACGCCGCUGAAAUCGAGGAGCACGCCAAUUGGGCCAUGUCGCGGGAGCUGGGUCUGAACUACUGCAUGGUGGGCUUGAGCAACCGCCUGGCCCGCGACAGCUCCCUGGACGAAAGCGAAUUGGAGCAGCUGCGUAACAUCUGCAACCGAGACCCCCUCUCGGAGAUCACAGAGCAGGAGAAGGACUUCCUUUGGCGUCACCGGCACUACUGCGUCAACCUCCCCGAGACCCUGCCCAAGUUGCUGCUGUCCGUCAAAUGGAAUUCGCGGGAUGAGGUGGCCCAGAUGUACUGCCUCCUCCGGGAAUGGCCCCUGAUCAAACCCGAGCUGUCCAUGGAGUUGCUGGACUGUAACUUCCCUGAUCCGGUCAUCCGGGAGUUUGCGCUGAAGUGCCUGGUCAAAGGACUGACGGAUGACAAGCUCUCCCAGUAUCUCAUCCAACUGGUGCAGGUUCUGAAAUACGAGCAGUACCUGGACAACCCUCUGGCUCGCUUCCUGACCAUGAAAGCCCUGACCAAUCAGAGGAUCGGACAUUUUUACUUCUGGCAUCUCAAGUCGGAAAUGCACAGCAAGCCGAUCUCCCAGCGUUUUGGGCUGAUGCUGGAGGCCUUCUGCCGGGGCUGCGGGAUGUACCUGAAACACCUGAACCGACAGGUGGAAGCCAUGGAGAAGCUCAUCAAUCUGACCGACAUCCUCAAGCAGGAGAAGAAGGAUGAGACCCAGAAGCUCUGUUCCUCUGUUAAGAUGCAGAUGAAGUUCCUGGUGGAGCAGAUGAGGCGGCCGGACUACAUGGAGGCCCUGCAAGGGUUCAUCUGUCCUCUCAACCCCGUCCACCAGUUGGGCAACCUCCGGCUGGAUGAGUGCCGGAUCAUGUCCUCGGCCAAGCGUCCCUUGUGGCUCAACUGGGAGAAUCCGGACAUCAUGUCCGAACUGCUCUUCACGAACCACGAGAUCAUCUUUAAGAACGGGGACGAUCUCCGACAGGACAUGCUGACUCUGCAGAUCAUCCGGAUCAUGGAGAGCAUGUGGCAGAACCAAGGACUGGAUCUCCGGAUGCUGCCCUACGGCUGCCUGUCCAUCGGGGACUGCGUGGGGCUCAUCGAAGUGGUCAAGAGUUCCUACACUAUCAUGCAGAUCCAGUGCAAGGGCGGCCUGAAGGGGGCGCUCCAGUUCAACAGCAACGCCCUGCACCAUUGGCUGAAGGACAAGAACAAGGGUGAAGGGUACGAUGCGGCCAUCGACCUCUUCACGCGCUCUUGUGCCGGCUACUGCGUGGCCACCUUCAUCCUGGGCAUCGGGGACCGUCACAACAGCAACAUCAUGGUCAAGGAUGAUGGGCAGCUCUUCCACAUCGACUUUGGACACUUCCUGGACCACAAGAAGAAGAAGUUUGGGUACAAACGUGAGCGGGUGCCCUUCGUCCUCACCCAGGACUUCCUCAUCGUCAUCAGCAAAGGCGUGCAGGAGUGUACCAAGACCAAAGAAUUCGAGAGGUUCCAAGAGGUGUGCUACAAGGCCUACCUGACCAUCCGCCAGCACGCCAACCUGCUCAUCAAUCUCUUCUCCAUGAUGCUGGGCAGUGGGCUCCCGGAGCUACAGUCCUUCGACGACGUGGCCUACCUGCGGAAGACCCUGGCGCUGGACAAGACGGAGCAGGAGGCCCUGGAGUACUUCACCAAGCAGAUGAACGAGGCCCACCACGGCGGAUGGACCACCAAGAUGGACUGGAUCUUCCACACCAUCCGGCAUAUGCCGCUCAGCGAGGCCAGCCACGACUGAGGGACCCGCCGGGAGGAGGGUUGCGUGAGCCCUCGCUCAAGCAGGGCCACCCGCUUGAUUUAGCCGAGACCCUCGUGGUCCGUGUCUUCUCUUGGGACCAGCCGAGAAGAUCUGGAGAAGGUCACUGGAGGGGAUCUCAGGACUCGGCCCUCCACUUCCUCUCCGAGCCCCACGGGAGAGCGGGAAAGACCCUCUCCCCGUUGGCAUCGCGGCCCCCUUCGGUUCAACCCAAGAGAUCACCCUCUGCUCAGCCAGAGACCCUUCCUCUCCCCUCCGCUGAAGCUUCCUGGGAGGGAGGGGGCUGCGGGGAGGAAGGAAGGUCGGGGAGCAAUCAAAAGACAAGGGUAAUACUUGAAAACGUCUGGAGUCAGAAAAGGAAAAAAAAAAUCAUAAUUAUUUUCUCUCUCUCUCUUUUUUCAAAUAAAAAUUUAAAAAAAAAACACCAUGUUUGCAUUUAUACCAGCCUCUAGAGCAGGGCUC